UUCCCAGGAGGAAAGAAAAUAGGAAUUGUGGGAAGAACAGGAAGUGGGAAGUCCACUCUGAUUCAAGCUUUGUUCAGGGUCGUAGAGCCAUCAAGAGGUCGAAUUAUUAUUGAUGGAUUGGAAGUUUGUACAAUUGGUUUACAAGAUUUGAGGAGUAGGUUAGGCAUAAUUCCACAAGAUCCUACAUUAUUUCAAGGGACAAUAAGGACUAACCUAGAUCCAUUAGACCAACAUUCUGACCAUGAAAUUUGGGAGGUCGUUAAGAAAUGUCACCUUUCAAAUCUCAUAAGGCGUGAUCAAAGACUCCUAGAUGCAUCAGUAGGGGAGAAUGGAGAGAAAUGGAGUGUUGGAGAAAGGCAACUUCUGUGCCUAGCAAGAGCAUUGCUAAAGAAGAAAAGAAUAUUGGUGUUAGAUGAGGCGACAGCUUCGGUUGAUGCAGCUACGGAUAAUGCAAUGCAGGAGACGAUAAGUCAAGAGACAACCGGAUGCACUCUCAUAACCGUGGCGCAUAGAAUACCUAGCAUAAUGAAGCAUGACUUAGUUCUCCUUUUAGACAACGGGAAGGUUAAAGAGUAUGACUUGCCAAGAAAAUUGUUUCAAGAUAAGUCUUCUUGUUUUUACAAGUUGGUAGAAGAAUAUGUGGGAAGAUCAGAAUCCAACUCCUUAGUAUAACAAAUUUAUACGCAAUGCAAUGUUGAAAUUUCUUGUAACAAAUAAAGUCCACCCUCCACUUACAAUUAGGCAGAAUAGAAUUCAAUUUCAUUUUAUAGAAUUAUUUUUUAAUAUUUCUAAUACUUCUUUUUUGUUUUUCCAAAUAUUAUAUUUCCUCCAAGUUUUCAUA